UCCAGAGCCGUUUCGGCUCCAGCUAGUUCUCUCGUUGCCCGAGCUGCGCGGCGCGGGGCCGUUUUCGGAGCGCGCGGACAGGAGGGCCGAACAUGCCUUCCAGAUCCCAGUCCGUGCUCCUCCCUCUGGGACUCGUGGCGGCGUGCCUGUACGCGGGCCGGGUCUUCGUGGCCCCGCGCGCGCCCAGCCUGCGGCCUCAGGCCGGCAAGGCGCUCGUGGCGCUGCAGGGCGCCGCCAACAGCGUGCCGACCGGCCUCGUGUACCCCUCCCCCGAGGAGGCGGCCAAGACCCGCGAGGUGGACGGCAUCACGCUGUAUUCCACCCACGCCUGGACCGACGACAUGGUGCCCAUCCUCGAGGCCGAGAGCAAGCCCGAGCAGGCGCCGGUGAUGAUCGGCGUGGCCGCCGACUCCGGCUGCGGCAAGUCCACUUUCCUCAGGCGCGUGCUGGGCGCUUUGGGCACCGAGGUCAAGCCCGGGCACACGGCCAUCGGCGACAUGCUGACGGUCAUCUGCCUGGACGACUACCACAUCAACGACCGCGCCGGCCGCAAGGCGACCUCUCUGAGCGCGCUGGACGCCCGCGAGAACGACUUCGCGCUGAUGGGAGCGCAGAUCGAGGCCCUGAAGCAGGGCAAGGCCAUCUACAAGCCGAUCUACAACCACGACACCGGCAACAAGGACCCCCCCGAGCUGAUCCAGCCGAACAAGGUCUUCGUCGUGGAGGGCCUCCACCCGAUCUACGACGAGAAGGCGCGUGCCAACCUCGACAUGGCACUCUACAUCGACAUCGUCAACGACGUCAAGUUCGCCUGGAAGAUCCAGCGCGACGUGGCCGAGCGCGGCUGGACCGAGGACCAGGUCAGGGAGGAUAUCGAGAAGAGGCUGCCCGACUUCGCGGAGUACGUGGACCCGCAGAAGAAGGACGCCGACGUCGUCCUGCGCUACGAGCCCUCCGACCAGGGCCUGCCUUACCUCAAGGUCAAGCUCAUCCAGAAGAAGGGCGGCGCUUUCCCAGCGAUCUCCCUGAAGAAGGAGAUGACCCUCACUGGGAGCAAGCCGGGCGCCACCCUGAAGCAGUACGACGACGACUGGUACGGCAGCCCAGUGAGCGUAGUCGAGAUGGACGGAGAGAUCGACAUGGACAACAUGGCCGAGCAGGUGGCCGAGAUCGAGGCCAACCUCGAGGGCCUGAACGGCCGCAGUCCCAGCGAGCUCACGGACGCCAUGGUCAAGCUCAAGGACAGCCCCGGCUCUCAGAACGGCACCGGGCUCCUUCAGGCGAUCAUCGCCAUGAAGAUCCGCGAGGUCUACGACAAGCUCACCCAGUUGACCCCGGCAUGAGUCCUGAGACAUUCGUCUUUCUCAGUUUUCGUUGCGAGGCCAGCGCGCCGACAUCCAGGCCCGCCAUCCGGGGAUAGCGCUUGCAUUUAUCAAGCAUCCAGGUGCACAACAAAAGCGCAAGGGAAAGCA